CGUUUCUGUCGAAAUCCCAAAACCUCCUCAAGGAGAAGUCACCAAAUUAUUAACUGCAAAGUUGGCUUGCAAAAUCAUCCUAUUCCAUAAACAAUGACGAAGCCAAACUCAAUCUUGGACAAGAAACUGGAAGAACUUGAAUCAAAACUUAAUCAGGUUCUUGAAACCCCAUACCAUGAACUCUACUCUCAAGACAUUCAACAAAGCCUUGACUUCCUGAAAACUCUCUUAUCAGCGGAAAUCACUUCCAGCCCCUCAAAACCACACCACUUUCAACACAUUGCCAAAAUCUCGGACCUUGAAACUGCUUUCGGUAAUUGGAACGAGUUCAGAACCACCAUCACGCAUGACCAUGUGAAGCAGGAAAAUGGGUACGUUGAAGCUUUGGUAGAAGAUGAUGAGAAGGCUCCGCUGGAGAAGGAAGGAACCACGCAUGACUAUGUAGAGAUGUUUUCAACGUGUUCAUGCACCGAGUCGUGUCUCAAUGAUGAAGCUGAGGCUUCCCCUGAAAUGCAGGAACAUGUGGUUAAAGCUCUAGUAGAAGAUGAGAAGGCACCGCUCAAGAGGAAAGGAGAGAAGGGGGUUGGGUGGGUUUUGGGGAGUAUGGCUGGUGGGAUGCUAAUUGGCAUGGCUUUGAUGGGUUUUGUGAUGGCAAGGUUAUGUAGACGUUUUGCUUGUGGAGAAACUACUAUGUAUGUGUGCCUUCCUCCUACUUAAACUACUUUUGACAUUGCUAUACUCUUGUAUUUUUAGAUUUGAGGAUAUAUGCAGAAAUUAGCUUCCAUGUCUUACAUUUUAUGCAAUGUAAUUAAAUAUAAUUGUAGUUUUGCAAUCAUAUUG